ACUAUAGUGUAUGGAGGGGGAGAGGGAACUGCACAGGAUUAGGCCUGAGGGUAGACAUAUCUUGGGGCUACCCGGUAAUAGGCAGAAUUACAUAAAUACUGGUAAUUUACCUGGAAGGCUGCGUAAUACGUAUAUUUAACACCGAGGGUUCGUUUUCGUGCACUUACCACUUUCUCUCAUCCACAGGAGGCCCUGCUUGUGCUCUUCAAUAUGGAGUUUCCUGACCUAGGGAAGCAUUGUUCUGAGACCACAUGCAAACAGCUUGAUUUCCUGCCUUUAAAGUGUGAUGCUUGUGAGCAAAUAUUCUGCAAAGAUCACAUCACUUACACACAGCACAAAUGCAGUUCAGCAUAUAAAAAGGAUGUUCAGGUUCCUGUUUGCCCCCUGUGCAAUACUCCAAUCCCAGUAACAAGAGGACAGACUCCUGAUAUUGUUGUUGGUGAACACAUUGAUCUGGACUGCAAGUCUGACCCUGCUCGGCAGAAGCGAAAGAUUUUUACUAACAAGUGUGCAAAGCCAGCCUGCCGACAGAAAGAGCUAAUGAAGGUGAUUUGUGAGGAUUGCCAUGGAAACUUCUGCCUUAAACACAGACACCCACUUGAUCAUGAUUGCAAGGGGAAGAGCGCUCCCAUUUCCAGGACUGGUCAUGCAGCUUUGCUGAGAUCUCAGGCUUCCACUUCAAAGGCAUCAGCACAUUCCAGUCACGCAGCACCAAAACCAGCCACACUGCCUCCUCGUAGCAGGACAAGUGUCCCCAGCGCUCAGGCUCCCGCUGCAGCAUCUUUGCAAAUUGGGCUGACAGAGGAAGAGGCUCUCCAGAGAGCAUUAGAAAUGUCACUUGCAGAAUCUUCUGGAGCUGCAGCACAGUCGCAUAGCUCUCAAGAGGAGGAGGAUUUGGCUCUGGCACGAGCUCUCUCAGCAAGUGAGGAGGAAUACAGGCGGCAGCAGGCGAUCCAAGGCCAGAAUCGAGAUGCCAAACAGUCUACUUGCAGCAUGUCUUAGCUCAAGAGCCAAUGGAAUUGGAACUGCAGCACAGACACAUCACCUCCUACUUCCACCGGCGACUCUGCACUGUGGACACCAAGAUGGUCGUUUCUUCCUACCAGAGCUGAUUGGAUCUCAAGGGGAACUGCUACUCUUACUUUUGUACAAACAAGUUGGUUGUAUAGUAUUAAUAAAUCCUAUUAUGAUCUGCUGUGUUCCAGAACCAGUAGGUUUGGUCCAUGAAGGAAGUAGUUUUACUUUCUGGCUCUCCGGCUGUUGUUAAACUACAAUCGGGAUUCUGGGGGUUGUAUAGACAGACAUCAGACGGAGAGCCACAUGUUGAAUAUUCUUGCCACAAACACUGAGUACUGUUACAUGUGGCAAAAAUAUUUAAAGCUACAGUAGCAAGGUUGAAUUCCAGUGUAGACAUAUAUCCCAUAAUGGAAUUUGUUUGCUAAUGAAUACGGUGCUAGAACUUGCUGAGGGCAUCCAAAGGCACAAGCCUCUUUUCCUGCAAUCUGAUUGAAGCAAAUUGUACUGUACUGUGCUCUGUAAAGCAUUGAAACUGACUGCCAGUUACUCUUUAAUAGUGUCUUACUGAUCUGAUUGUAUUUGGUCUAUGUAUGAGGAAGACUUUCAGAUUCUUUAAAAAAUUUGUGAUUUUGUACUUGCAAAAAAUCAAAUUCUUAAAGGGAACACAAACUCACUGAUUACUUGCUAUAAUAUUUUCUCUGAGCAUCACUCAGUUCAUUUGUGCUGUUUUUAAGAAAAACACUUUGUUUUAGGGACAGUCCAUCAGGGAACUCACUCUACUUUCUGGUGCUGGAGGCAAAUUGAUUGUCCAAUGAGAAUCCUGCCUAUUCUGCUUGCUGCCAAUUUUCUUUGCACUACACAUGUUCACGGGCCAGAAGGAGUUACAAAAACAAAGACCUGCCUUUCUGCUGCAUGGUUACAGUUAUAUGUAGAUUAGGCACAAUUAAGCUCUCUCUCUCUUAUAUAUAUAUAUAUAUAUAUAUAUAUAUAUAUAUAUCUAUAUAUCUAUAUCUAUAUCUAUCUAUAUAUAUAUAUAUAUAUAUAUAUAUAUAUAUAUAUAUAUAUAUAUCCUGGUAUUAUAUCAGGUACAAAGGGGUGAAACAUUGUUAAAGAGGAAAGUUGUCUAAAGUGUAAACAUUCUGCAGAGAUGAAGACGAAAGCUUUAAACCCAUCCGCACUGAGCCCAUACACUGUGUUGCCUGAUGGCAAGUAUAGCAUCAAGGCUUCUUAUAAACCGAGCUGUUGAACUCCAUCAGUACUGUAUCCUAUAGCCCUACUGCCACUAGACAUUUCCAUUCAUUCCACACAAAUAUAUAAAUCAAAUCUUAUUUGUUUGCUGUGGAUCACAAGACUAUUGGACUCAUUUCCUAAAGCAUGAGCAAGGUGCCCAGUGUUUUUUACACUAUGCCACCUUGGUAAAAACAUUUUUUUUUUGAAUUGCAGAAUCUGUCUGCACUUGAAAUAAAGCCCAGACAAGUGGCAACAACAAGCAGAGUGAUUUCCUUGAAAGGCAACUUUAAAUACAGGUACAUAUACAAAAAGUACUGAAUGAAAUGUAAAACUUGCGAGUGAGUAUGUAUAUUUGAUUAUUAUUAUUAACUCUUUUACUGAAUCCUCCUACCAGAAUGUGCAAGGAUACAGGUACUGGGGCCAUUUCCAGCCUGCACCCCUCUGGCACGGCGUAUUCGUGGAUUCUGCCAGCGAUAUCCCAAGAGUGGGGGUGCAGGCCAAUGUCAUGUAUGCACAUGUAUGAACCUCUGUGACUUUAUUCCUUAUUACUGCUGUAAUGAGCUCCUGCAUUAUGGUUACUGCACAGGCUAUGGCUUCUGAGACCAUGUAUGGACGCUGCUGUACUUAAUCUUAUCUUAUAACAGGGCAAGAGAUGCAACUGAGAUGCAAAGCAUAAUAAUUAUGGCUUAUCAAAGGUCCCUUUAGGCUAUUCUUAUUUGUAAUGGGGAGAGUUCCUUUCAAAAUGAACCAACUGGCAUUUUAGUACAUAUCCAGGUGUAAACUCUAGUUGGAUACUGUCUUAUCAUGUUAGGGGAUGCUGGGAGUUGGGAGACUUAGGUUGAUUGAUUCUCAAGAGUUUUAGAAUUUUAAUAUGUUCUGUGCAGUGGCAGGCCUGAUAGAAAUGGGAAUACAAAGCAACAUGUGUAAAUGUACAAUAUGUCCUACUUGCAACCUUACUGCACUUGUGCCGACAUAGAGUGGUUAGGCUGCUAGGAAACCUAGGCUGUAGGUGUGAAUUGCAGCAUUGACUAAACCAUACCUCCCAACUGUCCCUUUUUCGGAGGGACAGUCCCUCUUUUGACAGCUCAACCCGCAGUCCCUCAUUUGUACUGGAAAGUCCCUCUUUUCUCUGCACUGAACAGCCAGAAAAAGAAACAAAGUUUCUCACUUAAUUGGCUUUUAGCAGAGAGCCCAGAACAGCCACAGGUGCAAAUAAGAUACUUUGUAACAAUUUUGAGACACAAAAACACAGUUUAGAUAAGGAGAAAUAUUUUCAAACUUUCAUAACCUGCCAAAUUUUGUAAAACAAACAUGGUAAUUAGGGGGUGUGGCCACAGAAAGGGGUGUGGUCAAAAAAUUGCUGCGCUACGUGAGAGAAAAAAAUUUUUGUCCCUCUUUUUACUUCCAAAAUGUUGGGAGGUAUGACUAAACAUUGAGUCUAAAAUGAUCAUCUUCAAACUGUGAAGAGCAGGAGGCCUGCUGGGACUAAUAGUUCAGCUGAAGAGGGAGAGAUUGAAGUAUAAGGACACCAUAGCACUUAUAGCAACCCCCUAAACUUUCCAAAGUAACAUCUAGAUGCCUCUGGCUAUUGCAGAACUACAGAUCUCCAUCUUCUUGCUUUCAUAUGUUGGUGGGAGUUGUAGUUUAGCCUUGUUUGAAUUGCUGUAAGGUGGUUGGUUGUAUCUCAGCAUCUCUGCCUAUGGAUUUAUAUAGGUUUGUUGAUAUAUAUUAUAUAUAUAUGAGCUGUAUGUUCUGCUGCAUCAUUCUCAGGUCCCACAAGCGCUGGGGGUGGAAGUGCAUGACAAUGACAUAUUCCCCUGACACUGUGAUCUCGGCUUUGAUUGGUCAGAGAAGCAAAACUGCUUCCCAUAUGUUUUCUUGUAUGAGCCCAAAGCCGCACCCCCAGUCGCAAAUCCACUUUUGCUUAUUUUAAUUUAUAACAACCAAAUAAAUUAUGAAUGUAAACACAAA